AAGAUGAUAACAAUUCUUUAGAUGAAGCAGAAGAAUUUGAAAUAGUCCCAGCUACUACUAAGAAAAGUAGGAAGCGAAGAAAGGCACAAUCACCAACAACCACAUCCUCAUCAUGUCCUGUCAAAAAGACCAAAAAGGGUAAAUCUACCUGUACCACUGUUACCAAAAAAACUACACCUAUUCAUUUAUCCGUACAUUCACUCGCAUAUUCUCCUGCACAUUCAUAUAUAUCUGACACACAACAGGAAGAUUUGCAACAAUCGACACCUACUCAUGAUAAUCCGAAUAUUCCUUUCUCAUCACAAACCAUCCCGCAACAAAAUCCUCCUUCUGAAGAUGCUAGCCAUCAUGAUGAAUCAUAA